AUGACGACCAAAGUGACUGAGGAGACGGCGUCAACGCAGUCUGCUGUUGUCCUUGUCUGGAACGUCCUGAACACGCAUCCCUUUCUUCUACUUUUCGUUCUUCUGUCUGUUCGACCGCUGUACAACUGUUACUCGUCACCGUUGAGACAGUUUCCAGGCCCAUUUAUCGCCUCAUGCACGAGAUUUUGGAAAGUUUGGAGUGUCUGGACUGGAAAGAAUGAGCAACAUCAUAUUGCUCUUCACCAAAAAUAUGGACCGGUAGUAAGAGUUGCGCCAAACGAGGUGUCGUUUUCGUCGCCAGAUGCUGCUAUCGAAUUGUUCAAGACAGGGAAAGGGUUCCACAAGACCGACUUCUAUGGUGUUUUUCCGCCGCCUGAGAACCCCGACAUCUUCACUGAGACCCGCGAGUCUGUUCAUGGCAUCAAGAAGCGAUACGCUGCCACCCCUUACAGCAUGGCUUCGAUGAUGCAAUCCACGCCGCGCAUUGAGGAGACGGAGAACCUUUUGAUCUCGAGACUGGACGGAUUCGCCGACGGUAAGACAGUGUGUGAUCUGGGAGACUGGCUGCAUUUCUUUGCGUUCGAUGUCCUGGGCGAAGUGGCCUUCUCGAAGAAAUUCGGCUUCCUCGAAGCAGGGCUGGACGUGGAUGGAGCCAUCAAGACGAUAGACGAUUCGCAAUGGUACAACGGCAUCGUCGGUCAAGUGCCAUGGAUGGACCAUCUCCUCCGACGAAAUCCGCUCUGGCAAUUAAUCCCAUUUCUCUCGACGAAGAACGCACUGGUCACCCGAACGGCCCUGGGGCAGCUGGAGAAACGCAACAAUCCGCAGGGCGAGAAAGUCGAGUAUCGCGAUCUGCUGAAUAGUCUGAUCGAGUCCCAACGUCAACAUCCCGAUGCGCUAGGACUCGGAGAUGUGUUUGCGAUCGCCCACGGUGCCAUUUUCGCCGGCAGCGAUAGCACAGCGAGCACCAUGCAGAGCUUCUGCUGGUAUGUGCUCUCCAACCGACGUGUCUAUGACAAGUUGGCCAAGGAGAUUCUAUCGGCCGAGUCUGAUCUGUCGGAAAUGGUGGCGUACAACGAGGCACAAACCCUGCCGUACUUCCAGGCCUGUCUGAAGGAAGCCAUGAGAAUCGCUCCCGCAGUCGCACUGAACAUUACGAGAAAAGUGCCGCCCGGCGGAGCCGAGAUCAAUGGCGUCAAACUCCCCGCCGGCACGGCCGUCGCGGUCAAUGGCUGGGUGUUACACCGGAAUCAAAAUGUGUUUGGACAGGAUGCUGACGUCUAUCGACCGGAGAGGUGGCUGGAAGGAGACAAAGAGAAGAUCAAGAUGAUGGACAGAUGCAUGUUCCAGUUCGGCGGCGGCUCCCACGUCUGCAUUGGUCGACACCUGGCCCUGCUCGAAAUGAAUAAAGUCCUGCCCCAGAUCUUCCGCCGCUACGAUAUGAGACUCGUCAACCCCAAAAAGCCGCUCGACCACCAUUCCAGCUUCUUCGUCGUGCAGUGGGGGCUGUUGGUCUAUUUGAAGCUGAGAGACACGGCGUAA